AUGGCAGAGAAAUUGAAGGAGUGUCAGAAAAAAGCAGAGAAUUUCAACUCAGUGUUUAAUCUUAGUACACAAACAGAUAUGAAAAAUGCUAUUAGUUAUCUUAAUUCCACAUUAAGUGAACGUGUCCAUGUAGCGUUGAGGGCGGUGAGCCAUGAGACAGAGAGGCUUCAGGCCUUGUCAGGUAAGGAACGUAAGGACCUUGAUGGUUUGCAGGAAAAUAUACAGAGCGUACUGAGUGCACUUGGAAAUUGCGUCAACGAGAAAAUACAGAAAGAUAUUGAGAACCUAGUGAAGCAGCUUAAGGAAGGAGUCAAGACCAUUUUGGGGCAUCUGAAAGAUAUCGAUGGCCGGCUAAGGCAGUACGUGCAGAAAUUGGAAGAGUGGAUGGAGAGCGCCAAAAAAGAGAUCGAUAGAAUAAGGAACGAGGAUGUUAAGAAGAUACUUGACGAGACGACUGACGGAAUCACGGGCACGAAGUACCUAAUUGAGAAAGAUGCGGAGAAGUUGAAGGAGUGGGAGAAAAAGCUGAGUGCACUGAUAGGAAGCGUGAAAAUUAAACUUGCAGGUUUGGCGCAGGAAGCCCUUGGGAAAGUUGUAAUAUUGGACAGGGCGGUUAGGACUGGAUUAAAGACUACGAAGGAUAAUAUUCAGAAUGGAAUUGACAACUAUGUUAAGAAGCAGUUGUUGACGGACAUUAGAGAACAGAUUGGGCAAAUUACGAAUUAUAAGACAGGUCUACAAAAGGUUGAGGAGGAGGUGAAGCAGUGGGCCUCAGAUUUCAAGACGGCAGAAGGGUUUGGUGAUAAAGUGAAGGAGUGGAUUAAGGAUAUAUUGGAUGAAAACGAAAUGGUCAGGGGGAUGUUUGACAAGUGGAUUGAGGGAAAUAAGGUUUAUUUGGAUACAUUAUAUCUCAGCGCGAAAGACGAUCCGGGCUCGCGCUCACAGUUUAACGCAAAAAUUGCAGAGGCUAUUAGACAAAAACUUCAGACCGAAAUUAUUGAAGAUAUGGACUUCGAAGACGCCGCGCAGAAAAACGUUCACGAUAAUUUGGAGAAGGUCGAGGGAAAUAUAACAGAAUUUCUCAUAUUGCUUGGUGAGAAACUGAAACCGGAUGCCGAUGAUGAUGACGAUAAUACCAUUGUAGAUAGCGUUGUGAAAGCCAUUGAUGAGUAUGGAGAACAACUUAAAGCGGUAUUCAAAAAUAGACCUAAGAACGAUCAGGAACAUCUCCAAGGUGCUAUUAUUCUUGUAAUAACUGCUUUACAAUCCACCGCCAGUCGGGUUAAGGAGUAUCUUGCAUGGCUCACUGGCGUGGGAGAUAAAGAGGGAAACAUCGGCAAGGUUGACGAUACGCUUGAUGUAGCUGAGCAGCUCUUCGAAAAACUUCGUACUGCAAUUGACCUUGGAACAGGGGACAAACCUUAUAAUGUUAAUGAGCAGAUUCUAGGGGUAUUGAAUAAGCAGAUUGGAGAGGAUGCUACUGGUCAUGGAAGAGAUGGUCAAAUAGAGAACGUACUUGUAACGAACUUUCAAGAUUACGAAGACCAGAUCAAGCAUGAUGCCGUCGCUAACGGCACAUUAUCCGGCACUACCGAUGAAGGUAAACUACCUGAAGCUAUCGGCGCCAUUAAAGAAGAAGCUGCCGGCAUGUACAUUACUCACAUAACAGACGGUCUUACGACCCUGUCCUCUGACCUCACGACGCACCUUGAAGUUAUCAUGGAUGCAAUAACUACUACCACCAAAAACGUUCAAUCAAAAUUGGACGAUUUUAAGAACAAGAAUAUCGGUAACGCUGCCCAUAGCAAACCAGCACAGAAAGAUACUCUCCAAGAACUUCAUUGUAAAUUUCUCGACCUUCACAAAUAUUUCGAAAGUAAGGCCCUCAAAACCGCUGAAGCCUUUGCUGCGUACGCCGACAGAUCCGGGGAUAAUAUCAUUAAUCCCCUUAAGCAACACGUCAACAAUGAGGUCAAAAAGGCUCAAGAUAGUAUCAUUGCCGAAGCCAAGAAAAACUACAUCUCCUCCAUCCAGUCGCUGCUCCAGCGCUUUGCGUCCAAGGUUCACGGCGAGCUGGAAACGUUGCCCAAAUCCAUUGAAGACGAUUUGACGCUUGGCUUCAAGGGCUUCAUGGUGAAGCUCGAGCAACAUUUUGUUAACACUGUUAAACAUAUAAAAAACAUAUCGUCGAAAUCCGCUGUACAAACCACAGAGAAGGGAAGGAAAAUUUACCCAUUCAGCCAGGCCGUACUAAAGCUUAGGACCGCCUUCAGUUUAUUAAUGAGCCAUUUGGAAUCUCAAGAAGAUUUCACGUCUGACUUCGAGCGGGUUAAAAUGGCAAAUAGCGCACUGGUAAAUCUACUCAACAAACUUGCGACGUCUCAGCAUUAUGACCACACGUUUAGUAAUGACCUCGAUGAAUUGAAGAAGGUGAUCGAGGGGUUUAAGCCUUCGACGUACGGCGAAGCGAAAUGCCCACUGCUGCUCAAUACUCUGAAGAACGGUUUCACGACUUUGGUCACCGAACUCAACAAUGCGUACAUCUCGACCUACGACAGUGAGACCUUCAACGGUGAGCUAGUAAAAAACCUUCAACACGUCUCCAGCACUAGUGACGUUAACAUGAAAUAUGAUCUGACUGACGAAGGCACCAGGCUGUCUAAGGUGUUCCUCACGGUGCUCCGCACCAUUGACGUUUCGCUUCAUACGUUGAAAUCUAACUGCCGGGUUCUGCAAAAGAAACGAAUCAACAAAGAUACUGACAUUGGCAGACUGUUCGCUGAGAUGGGAUAUGUAGUUUCAAACGUUGAUGAUCAAAAUGGCGAGCUACAGGACAAAAGUGAAAUGACCGGCGAGCAUAUCCUAGGCCGACUUAUCGGUCGCAGUGGGAGAGUGUACAGCAGCCACGAUGAUAAAAACUACGAAGGGGCACUAAAGGAUCUCGUCACGUACCUCAAGCACUACUUCGAAGUGUGCCACUUCACCAUCCGCCCCAGACCUAGGACACCUUGCAAUGUAUACGAAAUGCUUGUAUGGCUUACAGGCCUUCCUCACAAUCCGGUUUACGACGCGCUAUUAGAAGACGGUCUCAGUGCGCCAUUUAAAGACCCGGCGAAGCAGACGAAGGAAGCGGGUGACGGCUUUGAGUUCACCGUGUUUGACCUCCAGACUUCACAUAUAGAUGCAUACCCGAGUAACAUCACCUACAAGAAUACGGCUAGGACCAUAGAUCACAUCUGUUCGAAAGCAUACGACGUAUUGGCCACCAUCGUCGGACAUGGCAACGCUUCCACCGUCUACGCUUGUGACUUCCCAAGCAACACCCUCAAUUUGAAAUAUCCCGCUGGCGGUGAGGACUGCCUAAAUACGCUCCUCGAUAUCCUGCGUAGACUUCUACCGCAGCUGCAAUAUUUGUUCCACCGCUGUAACGUUACCGAUACGUAUUACGGUUGGCGAAAUUGUAGGUACGGCAGGGACGUACCGACAGCCAAGUGGCCGUGUAUCGGCCACUCAAGCGACAAAGCAAAGCACGAAGCAACGUGCCAGGCAAGCUGUCAAGCAAACACCCAACUACAUUGUCAACCAACAUCGCCGUUGAUGUCUUAUCUAAAUGACUGUCUAUCCGCUCAUUUGCCGCAUCAGAUAGUGACGGUGGGUUGCAAGUCUGAAUGUAAGACAUGCCCUUCCAAUAGCCCUGGAAUGCCGUGCCGAAUGCCUUUCGGAUUUAGAGGAUUUUCUGGGUCAACGAAGACAGGUAUGGCUAUAUGUGAAAGCCUCAGGCUAUUUUUGGGUAGCGGCCUAGUGUCGUCCCUUUUGUGCCUUAUACCCAGGCCGCCGUCUACACUACCGGAGCACUUCAACUUUGCGUUGUCCCUCGUUGACAAGUGGAAUGGCUCUGCCAGUCAUGUUAUAAAGGACGCUUUCGAGGCAUCGAUUGUCGGCAGUUCCAUCGGCCUUUACAAGCAACCCAGCAGCUUCACCAAGGUGCUGAGUAAUGCCUAUGGCAGCCGUGAAAGUACCCAUGCACGAGAAAGCCAUCCCAUAUCUACUCGAGCUGACUUAUUAAGUCUGGCUAAAAAAGAAUCUUGCAUCUAUUCAAUUAGCGACAACGUCCAUUGCGCUCCGUAUCUGUCGUCGGUCUGUUCAGAUUUCUAUCACUACCUUGCCAUAAAGCACGCCGACUUAUAUCUGUCCUGGGCAGUCUACUUGCCGUGGACACUGUAUAAGUAUCUAAAAAGUUUACUCGAUGCAUUCUGUAAUAUUUCCUGUAAGGACUGGGAAUGCAGCAGAUGCACGCACGGCGACAAAUGCAAACCGGGGAAGCAUGGUGUAGGAUACAGCUGUACUUGCAAAGCACUAGUACACUGUCGUGGCGUUAUGAGCACAUUCUACAGUUACGGAUUCGCAUUUGGCAACCCUCAAACACUGUUAGCCACGGAUGGCAGGAGAUAUUGCCACAGUUUCUACAACCAGCUGAAUAAUGUCUUAAACUCUGUUUGUUUCAAGGACCUCCUCCAAAAGUGCGACGAAUUCAUAUUCACCAUCAGGCAGCCCUUCAUCUGGCUCAACGUCGCCCUCUGGUCGCUGUCCCUCUUCUACCUCCUUUGCGUCAUGGUCGGCAGACUGGAUGUGCUCCACAUACGCUCACACCUGAGAUCACCGUCAUCGCACAGGAUUACAGCGCAAUCGCUGUUGGCGGCAGCGCAAGUCGGAAGGCUUGCCAAGAUAUCGUAUCUACAACCGUAA